AUGGAUUACGAUAAUCGAAUAAAAGCCUACAAAAUUGUUUCUUAUGCUGCGGUAACUUUUUCAACUAUUGCUGUAUUAUCAGUAUGCAUUUCACUUCCAAUGGUGUACAAUUAUGUUUAUCAUGUUAGACGACAUAUGCGAUCCGAGAUUAACUACUGUAAGGGGUCAGCAAAAGAUAUUUGGACUGAAGUAGGGCAUUUAAAACAAAUGCCAAUGAAGCAAAAUCGAACUGCUAGACAAGCUGGAUACGGUAUUGAAACCGAUUUGGGAGUGAAUGCUGCAAGUUACGAUUCACGUUGUGAAGGUUGCUGCUUGCCAGGUCCACCAGGCCCUAUGGGAUCACCUGGAAAGCCCGGCAAACCUGGAAGACCUGGUGUACCAGGAAGGCCUGGAAGUCCGGGACGACCACCAAGCCAACCAUGUGUAACGGUUACACCACCACCAUGUAAACCAUGUCCACCUGGUCCGCCAGGACCCCCUGGCCCACCAGGACCACCUGGAGAUGAAGGACCAUCAGGACAAGCAGGAGCACCUGCUGCAUAUGGAACGCCAGGUCCGCCAGGACCAAAAGGAUUACCAGGACCGCCUGGACCAAUCGGACCACAGGGACCGACUGGAGAGCCAGGAGAAAGUGCUCCAAGUGCAGGUGUUCUUGCGGGUGAACCUGGACCUCCAGGCGAUAUGGGACCACCUGGACCACCAGGCGCACCUGGAAAACCAGGCUCAAAUGGGGCAUCAGGACCUCCGGGAUUGAAAGGACGACCAGGUCCACCAGGACAACCUGGCAUGGAUGGCGAACCCGGAGCACCAGGAAGACCUGGUGAAGUCGGUUCUCCAGGUGAGAGAGGUAUUUGUCCAAAAUACUGCGCAAUUGAUGGUGGCGUUUUCUUCGAAGAUGGUACCCGACGAUAA